GGCGCUACGGGCUGAAAACUAAACCGAGAUGGAAUAUCCCAGUCUGAACCGGUUUCAACCGGUCCUGGGUUUGUUUGAUGCACGAGCUGAGAGAAGAGCUGGUUUUCAACAGACUCUUUCGAGGCUUUACGUAUUUUUUUGUUUUGUUUUGUUAUUUUGUUCCUGACAUAGAUCCAACAAUAAACUAAAACUAACGUCCUGCUUUGAUCUGUGACUGAGACCAGGGGAUACUGGUUAGCACGUUAGCAUAGCAACUCCAGGCAUUCUAAUCAGUGACAUUAGCUAGCGAGCUAGCACUUAGGCUAAGUUGUACCAGGGGUCACGCGAGCUGCCUCUGGACUCGGAUUAAUCUCUACGGGAGCGUCGUUUAGUGUUCGCACAACAUUCGUUUUAAAUAAUGAACGUAUGUGAUCGAUUCGCACUGUUCAAACCAACUCGCUAGCGCAUUUUAACUAGCUGGUUAAUCAUCAAGUUCAUCGGUCGUGCUCGUUAGUUAGCAUCUAGCAUAUUGCUAACGCGUCAUCAUGAGAUAAACGGACUCCUGCAACUUGGGUUUGUUUGAAUCGAAUUUAUUUUUUUAAAGCGACUUUAAAACAGUCACGAGGUUCGACAUCAUUUCAACGCAAAGAGGAGGGUGUUUCAUAAAAGCAGCUCUAUGCCAGCAGAUAUGACAAUGUUAGCGGACCAUACAGCCCGGCAGCUGCUGGACUUCUCUCAGAAACUGGACAUCAACCUGCUCGACAACGUGGUCAAUUCCAUGUACUACGAUGUUGGCUCUCAGCAACGGCUGGCACAGGAAGUCCUGACUAACUUGAAAGAUCACCCAGACGCGUGGACCAGAGUGGACACCAUCUUGGAGUUUUCUCAGAACAUGAAGACCAAAUACUACGCCCUUCAGAUUUUGGAAACCGUUAUUAAAACACGCUGGAAAAUUCUACCGAGAAACCAGUGUGAAGGAAUUAAGAAAUAUGUCGUUGGGCUGAUUAUCAAGACGUCCUCGGACGCGUCUGUGGUCGAGAAAGAGGGAGUUUACCUGGCAAAGCUGAAUAUGAUCUUGGUGCAGAUCCUGAAGCAGGAGUGGCCAAAGCACUGGCCCACGUUCAUCAGCGACAUCGUGGGAGCGAGUCGUACGAGCGAGAGCCUCUGCCAGAACAACAUGAUCAUCCUGAAACUGCUCAGCGAGGAGGUGUUUGACUUCUCCAGCGGACAGAUGACUCAGGUCAAAGCCAAGCACCUGAAAGACAGUAUGUGCAACGAGUUCUCCCAAAUUUUUCAGCUGUGCCAGUUUGUCAUGGAAAAUUCACAGAACGCUCCAUUGGUCCAUGCCACACUGGAGACCCUCCUGCGCUUCCUGAACUGGAUUCCACUGGGCUACAUUUUUGAGACCAAACUCAUCAGCACCCUGGUUUAUAAGUUUCUGAACGUUCCGAUGUUCCGAAACGUAACCCUGAAGUGUCUGACGGAAAUCGCCGGUGUCAGCGUCAAUCAGUACGAGGAACAGUUCGUCAGCCUCUUCACGCUAACCAUGGUGCAGCUCAAACAGAUGCUGCCUCUGAACACGAACAUCCGUAUGGCGUACUCAAAUGGGAAAGACGACGAACAGAACUUCAUCCAGAACCUCAGCUUGUUCCUGUGCACCUUCCUCAAAGAGCAUGGGCAGCUGAUCGAGAAGAGGCCCAACCUGCGGGAAACGCUGAUGGAGGCUCUCCACUACAUGCUGCUUGUGUCAGAGGUGGAGGAGACCGAGAUCUUUAAGAUCUGUCUGGAGUACUGGAACCAUUUGGCCGCCGAGCUGUACAGAGAGAGUCCGUUCAGCACCUCCACGUCCCCGCUGCUGUCUGGGAGCCAGCACUUUGACGUGCCCCCACGCCGACACCUCUACCUGCCUGUACUCUCCAAAGUGCGUCUCCUGAUGGUCUGUCGCAUGGCUAAACCGGAGGAGGUCCUGGUGGUGGAGAACGAUCAGGGUGAGGUGGUGAGAGAGUUCAUGAAGGACACCGACUCAAUCAACCUCUACAAGAACAUGAGAGAGACUCUUGUGUACCUGACCCAUUUGGAUUACGCGGAUACGGAGAGAAUCAUGACGGAGAAGCUCCACAACCAGGUGAACGGGACCGAGUGGUCCUGGAGGAACCUGAACACGCUGUGCUGGGCCAUCGGAUCCAUCAGCGGCGCCAUGCACGAGGAGGACGAGAAACGGUUCCUCGUCACAGUCAUUAAGGACCUGCUGGGGCUGUGCGAGCAGAAGAGGGGGAAAGACAACAAGGCCAUCAUCGCCUCCAACAUCAUGUACAUCGUCGGGCAGUACCCACGCUUCCUCCGUGCUCACUGGAAGUUCCUCAAGACCGUCGUCAACAAGCUCUUUGAGUUCAUGCAUGAGACGCACGACGGCGUACAAGACAUGGCGUGUGACACGUUUAUCAAGAUCGCUCAGAAAUGUAGGAGGCAUUUUGUUCAGGUGCAGGUCGGGGAGGUCAUGCCCUUCAUCGAUGAGAUCCUUAACAACAUCAACACCAUUAUAUGUGACCUGCAGCCGCAGCAGGUGCAUACGUUCUACGAGGCUGUAGGGUACAUGAUAGGUGCUCAGACAGACCAGGCAGUGCAGGAGCACCUGAUCGAGAAGUACAUGCUGCUCCCAAACCAGGUGUGGGAUAGCAUCAUCCAGCAGGCCACCAAGAAUGUCGACAUCCUCAAGGACCCGGAGACGGUGCGUCAACUCGGCAGCAUCCUGAAGACCAACGUGAGGGCGUGUAAGGCUGUGGGUCACCCGUUUGUGGUGCAGCUGGGACGCAUUUAUCUAGACAUGCUCAACGUCUACAAGUGUCUGAGCGAGAACAUCUCUUCUGCCAUCCAGACCAACGGUGAGAUGGUGACAAAGCAGCCGCUAAUCAGGAGCAUGCGGACGGUGAAGAGAGAAACUCUGAAGCUCAUCUCUGGCUGGGUCAGCCGUUCUAACGAUCCCCAAAUGGUCGGGGAGAACUUUGUCCCCCCUUUGCUCGAGGCUGUGCUGAUCGACUAUCAGAGGAACGUCCCCGCCGCUCGAGAACCUGAAGUGCUCAGCACCAUGGCGACCAUCGUUAACAAGCUCGCAGCCCACAUCACUGCAGAAAUCCCCAAGAUUUUUGACGCUGUGUUUGAGUGCACCUUAAACAUGAUCAACAAGGACUUUGAAGAGUUCCCUGAGCACAGGACAAACUUCUUCUACCUGCUGCAGGCAGUGAACUCGAACUGCUUCCCUGCUUUUCUGUCCAUCCCACCAGUGCAGUUCAAACUAGUGCUGGACUCCAUCAUCUGGGCCUUUAAGCACACCAUGAGGAACGUAGCCGACACCGGUUUGCAGAUUCUGUACACGCUGCUACAGAACGUGGCCCAGGAGGAAGCCGCGGCUCAAAGCUUCUAUCAGACGUACUUCUGCGACAUCCUGCAGCACAUCUUCUCUGUUGUCACGGAUACGUCACACACGGCAGGUUUGACGAUGCACGCCUCCAUCCUGGCCUACAUGUUCAAUCUAAUCGAGGAGGGGAAAAUCAGCAUAACCCUGAACACGGGCACCCCCGUCAGCAACCAGGUCUACGUACAGGAAUACGUGGCCAACCUGCUGAAAACCGCCUUCCCACACCUACAAGAUGCGCAGGUGAAAGUGUUUGUAACCGGUCUGUUCAGCUUGAAUCAGGAUAUUCCUGCCUUCAAAGAGCACCUUCGGGACUUCUUGGUGCAGAUAAAGGAGUUUGCCGGCGAGGACACGAGCGAUCUGUUCCUGGAGGAGCGAGAGACGUCACUGCGUCAAGCUCAGGAGGAGAAACACAAACUCCAGAUGUCUGUGCCAGGAAUCCUAAAUCCCCACGAACUCCCCGAGGAAAUGUGCGACUGAGCAUCAUGUGCUUUUUGGACACAAGAAAGAACUGAACCGUGAACAAAAGUGUGUGUGUGUGUGUGUACAUACAGUGAGCUUGCUGAGUAGGAUGAAGAUCGAAGUGGAGCGUAAACUUCGACCGAACCGACUCUCGUAUAUCCAUUACUCCACCCGCGUCCCAUUCGAGUCCCCGCACACUUUUUUUUUUUUUUUCUUUUUAAAGUAAGUGUGUUUUAUAAGGAGAGAACUGAUGCACUGUAAUUACUCUGUUAAUGACAUUGGACCAGUCGUGCAGGUUUUUUUUUUUUUUUUUCUUUCAGUUUUCCUCUAACAGAAUAACAUGUUCACAUAAGUUUACAUAUCGGAGGAUCAUUUAAGCCCCGGCUCUUUUCCGCUCUUUUCGUCCAUUUUGUUAAUCUGUAAAAUUAGCGCAGUUAAUGAAGAGAAAAAGGAAGCGGAGCCACCUACAGAAAGAGGAAUAAACGGUUUGCUCCAGACCGGCACAGCAAUUGAAAGUGAUGGAUGACGUUCAGAGUUGAAUGAUGCUGCUCUUUUCUUUUUGCUUUAUAUUGUCCCUUUUUUUUUCUUUUUUCCCUCCAAUUUUGCUUUUGUAUGGGCUAAUGGUUUGUGUUUAGGGGGAGAGAUGCGCCUCUGUUCCGGUUCUAGCUCUGCGUUUGUUCAGAAUGAAACGGACUUGAAGCAGAUAUUUCAAACGGUGAUGAAGGGUUUGUUCAUAUCGUCCUGUUUAUAACACUGUCUUAGUACUAUGGGAACAUAAAGUUGGAUAUUUUUACAAAAAAAAAAAAAACAACAAAA